GCGCUCAAAGUUUCGUAACGUCUGCUGUACGCUGUCAAAAAUGAUAAAGAAUUUUUGAUAUACAACGCGAAAUGUGACAGCAUCUGUUUCGCUCUGUACCUAGCCGUGUGUGUGAAACUACUGCGAAUAGUUGCAGAAAUUAAGAUGAAUAUAUUUCUGAAUAUAAUGAUGCUGGCCCGCUACGGCGAUGACCGCAGAUACGUGAACGAUGUCGGACCACGAAAUCAGUAAACACGCAAAGAUGACAUCUGAGCCAAGUAACCACUUCAAUUCGGAAUCUCUGAAUUUGCAAGAUCGAUACGUAGACACUGUGACUAUUACUCAACAUUCAAUUUCUAAUGACUUGGACGCAGUGAUAUAACUAUCGUUAAUAUAAGAGGAAUGUAAUUUCAUUCCAUCGAAAGAAUGGGGACUCGAUUUGCAGCUUAUACGUUGAAACUUUCAAGUCUUCAUGACUAUCACCAGAGACUGCUUCAUGCAAUUCAGCCAACUCCGUCUGGGUUUGACAUGACCAAUACUAUCAAAUAUUUUUCGCAAACAUUACUAUCUCUUCUAAAAGAUGUCCCUGAAUCUCCCUUGGAAAUGAUAAAAUCUCAGGAGUUUGAUUCACAACGAAUGGCAUUAUAUCCAAAUUUAGACUACAAACAGCUUUACAAUGCGUUGAUGCAGCUAAUGGAUGUUGUGCCUCUAGUCCACAUCGGUCUCCAUGCAUUUGGACAAGCAAUAUUACAAUGCUUGGGGUGCUUGUUGCCCUUUCUAGAACACGAUCUUAUAGACAAUUUGCCAUAUCUCACUGCUAGUGCUAUAUCAGUUCUGCCAGUGGAGUUACAUCAAGAAAUUGUAAACUACCUGUGUUUUUACAUUUUACCUUUUACAAUCACACGUAAAAUUGAAGAGGGACUAGAGAAUUAUGCCAGCCAAUCGGUUUCUGCUGUCAUUAUGAUGGUUUUUCAGUAUUCAAACAAUCCAGCACACCAUUGUCAAUUGCUAGAAUGUUUAAUGGCAUUGAAACCUGGGGUGGUAAAAGAUAUAUUAUGUGUUAUUGCCUAUGGUACAGCCCCUGCUCGAGCAUCUGCUGCAAAACUGUUGUUCUACUAUUGGCCAACAUUCAAUCCCAAUUUGUUUGACCGGCGCACUGUAUUGAUGAAAUUUGCAAAUGACUUGACUCCAUUCGUUUGCCAACGGGAUAUGUGUCCCAAUGCUGGUAAUGCUGAAGCUGGAAAAGUUUGUUAUGAUCAUUGUAUUUCAAUAACAUUUGCAACUGAUUCGCCUCCACCACUUUACCUGUGUAUAGAAUGUGCAAACGAAAUUCACCGUGAACAUCCUAAUCAAAUGUUCUAUGAUAUUCUUCAUCCCAUGCAACAAGUAUCGAUGGUCUGUGAAAAUAAGAAUUGUCGUGCAACCGAUAAAGCAGCCAUCAGCGUUUGCUUCUCCACCGAAUGUGCAAGCUACAAUGGGAAUCAUCCAAUACGAUACUGCCAACAGUGUCACAAUAUUAGACAUAACAAUCGCCGAGGUGGUGAUCACGUUUUUCACACUGCCUUGCCUCAUAUAUCGCAGAUGGAUUCACAGAUGCAAACGUACAUGGUCCAAGCUAUAGUCAGCCUGCUUAAGGAGGCUGAACCGCUAAGUAUGGAUAGUAACAAAGAUUCUUUGGAAAUUAAUACUAAUAAAGGAGGGACAGGGUUCUCAGGAACUGGAGUUGGCCAAGGUGCUGAUUCUGCGAGUUUGGAAGAGCGUCAACUUUUGGGUCGCUAUGGUGUAUGGCUACUUGUGGGACUCUGCACUCCAAACCAGGAGACUCCUGUCCAAAUUCUUGGUCGUUUAUUGUCGAUGCUAUUUCAUUGGUUUCAUGUUACUGCUUACUCCUUUGAUGGUACUAAAAAAAGUCUUAUGCAUCUUAUCUUUUCUGUUGAAUUAUUUUUAGGCCAAGCUGAGAGCACUUUGGAAAAAUUGAAAACUGACUAUGUUUGCGGGUGGUUGUCUGAAAUUGCAAAGACUCAUUAUGAAGUAUUUAUUUCUUGUCUCCUACCUCAUCCUACAGAUUAUGUAAGAGUAGGUGGACAUUGGGAGACGCUAGCAUCUCGAACAUCCCAUCUGAAAGAUGGUUUGAAUCGUCUAUUCUGUCUUGUACCUUAUGAAGUAAUUACACCUGACAUUUGGGACUAUGUAAUGCCACAUUGGAUGGAGGCCAUGGUGAAUGAUGUACCAGAAAAAGAACUUCAUGAACUCAAAAUUAUUCUUUGCAAAAUCUUGGACCCAGAUAUGAGCCCCCUUGGUUUUGAUGCUAAGAAGAUGUAUAAUUUUGUGGCUAAAAGAUUCCUCCACACAACAGCUAAAGUCCAGGAACAAGCCCUUAAUUGGUUGCAAAUUUUGACCAUGCUUGAAAUAAUGAUUCCGCUUUCUCAAUUAUUCUCAAUGUUUGGGGACGGUGUCAAAAUAAUGAAAGCAACAAUCCAAAGUGAUUCAGACAAAUGUAUCAGGUCCCCAAAAAGUUCAGACUUUACACACAGAAGUGCGAUAUCCCCGGUGGUUGAAGAUGACUCGGGCAACACAACUCCACUUUCUGAUGAUAUAAUACCAACACCACGACAUAUGGAAUUUACCACGGAUACUGAAUUAAAUCUGUCGUGUUGUAUACUCAUGCUUGAUGUGCUACUGAAACAGAUGGAACUUCAAGAUAUUGACAAACAUACAGGCAUCAACACUUGGGUCUGUCGAGAUGCUUGUGGUCUCAUGAAGUCUAUGGUAGCUGCAACCUGGAGUGGAAGUCACUCUUGUGCAGUAGACAGUGAAUGUACUUACUGUGAAUCUAGAGUCAUUUGGCACCAACUAUGUUUGCAAUUAGUGACAUACAUGGCACCUGAAAAUCCUGCACAUCCACCCGAUGCAAUUAUUGAUGAAACAGCAGAAGAUCAUGGGCGUAAAAGUCCGCCCGAAUCAGACAAAAAGUCCGACAGUAAGCCUGAUGUAGUCAUCAACAUGCCGGUACCAGAGCUACACUCUGUUGGAGGUGUUCUUGUGCAUAUGCCACACGUAUGUUCUUUCUUUAAACAGAUUAUGACAGCCACUGUAGAAACAGUCUCGGAGCAACUUGAUUUGACAGCUAUCAUUCCAGCUGAAAGAGUGAUGUCAGCAGUAGCUAGAGCUGUAACACUUUCUGAGACGGAUGUGGCUACUGCAACAGUUAGCAUUGCAAAGCCACAAAUUGUCGGUGAGAAUGACCAACCACUAAUGCUCAGUCCUGAAAAUGAAUUAGAUGAUUUUUGGCACACAUCAGUUGGAAAAUUUCGAUUUACAAUAGAAGAUUUGCCAGAACAACUUCAGUAUAUUCAUAAACUAUUGAAGGAAAUCAUAGGUGUUGACAAGCCUGAUAUAUUAUACUAUAUGCUACAAUGUUUGAACAUUAUGUGUCUUCAUGGAGAUGCUUUCAAUACUGCUGUUAAAGAUCAUCAAGGCUUUUUCAUAUGGUGUCAGGAAAAUUUGCUGAUUAAAAAUUUGUGGGAAUUAUGCAAUUCUGAACAUUCUCAUAUUGCCCAAGUGACAGUGCCACUGUUAUUGCAUUGCAUAACAUUACCUUGUGGAGCAGAUACGUUUUGGCACCUUAUCCAAGAAGAAUUUCAUAGUUCUGAUUGGCGUGUCAGAUUUGUUGCCGUCGAGCGUGUGACAUUGAUAGCCAGAUUUAUGGAUUCAACUCCGUUACGAAGUAUCCCAGGGCUGCAGGCAGCCCUAACAAAUGCAUUCUGCUAUUUAAUCACUAGCAUGGAUGACAGUAAUGUACACGUUGCGCAACGUGCAACAUUAUAUCUGGGUACAAUACACGAUACAGCUAUAAGGUCACUGAUCUUCUGUCUCGAGACACAAUUUGAUUCAGUUAUAGUCGACCGUCCCAUGGUUCUUCAAUCUCUUUAUCAAUUGCAUAACAGCCUCAGUGACAGACGUAUUCUCACAUGGGAGUUCUUUCUUAAUCGCUUUGAUUCAUUGUAUUUAGAGGCACAGAUCAAUUUGGAGAAGGCUGGAGAUAUAGCUUACCUGCGUGAUCUUCGGAAUACUGAUUUAAAUAGUGAAAUAUUUAUCCGAAAAUUACAUCGAGCUCAUGAAGCACUCUCACUGUCUGAUGGUAGCAGUGCAAGUUUGGUGAAAACUUUGAGUGCAAGCUUUGGAACAAAAUGGCCAUACAAGCGUACAAUGUCUGCACCUGCCUCUACCAUUCCACGUCAGGAUACCAAACAAGAGAAAGAAAAAGUGUACAGCCGGCAGUACUCAGCUCCAAUCUUAAAGCGCAAGAGCUCCAGGUUUGGAUUGGGUCAGUUGCUGGGGUCCACCCCAACUAAUAACAGUAUCCCAGACGGUCACAUUCAUUCUCUGAACGUGGCUGAGGAAGGCAGCAACUUACCUGGAUUUAUUCAUAAGGUCAUUGACCUUGAAGAAUCUGAUAAAGAAACAAUGCAUUUGCUCGUAUUUCUCCUCAUGCAGUUCCUUUCGAGAGCAGACCAGGCUUAUCCUACGGAUGAAAAGCCAUUAUGUAAAACACAAGGAAUUAUCUUGCGCCAUCUUUACCUUCUUCUGGGAUACAAUCAAACAGACAGAACAUUUCAUACAUCUCCUCAACGUCUCAGAGUGUCUCCUGUAUUCAAUGUCUUUAUUGCAAAUCUACCGCAACUUCUGGAUCAAAAUCAUAUAAUGGGGUGGAUGAUGGUUCCCCCUGUUCUUGCUAUACUGCAGCAUUGUCCCUGUCCUCCACAGGGUGUACCAGUUGUUGAUCAUCAGCCUCCAACUUAUAGCCUUUGGUAUCUGGAACCUCAUAUUAGGAGGACCUGGCUGAUGUCUCUUCUGGUGCUCUUAUACAAGUAUCAAUAUGGGCAACAACCAUGGUGCAACCAAUUGCAGUCUUUGAUUAAAAUUGUUCUCAAUACAUUGGAUACUCAACAUCAUCAGUGUAGGAGAAUUCCUGCCACUGUUGUUAUGGGUGGACCUCCAUCGAGAUCACGAGAUGUUUCUCAACCAUCUCUUGGAGCAGACCAUGAAUUGGCAAUUGGGUGUAGUGGGGAAGUUGACCGCGAAAGUCCACCUGCAAAAGUUUCGUCCACUAUUAUUUCCAUGCACCAACGUAGUCCAGGAACUAAUCAUGCUCAAUCGCAUGCUAUGGAGACUCAUUGGGAAGAAGCUGCCCCUUGUUUGUAUCAGAAUAAACACUCCAGUUACUCUAUAAAUGCUGAUGAUACAGAAUCAGAGUUGGCUGCUAUACCAGAGAGCCCCAAAUCAGAUUGUACACUUCAUGGUAGCAGUAGUGGCUCUCUUGGAGAGAUGGAGGAGAAUUCCGGUAUAAUGGGAAGAAAUAUUGCAACUACGAGUAAAACAGUUAUACAUUCUACAGAUAUCAAAAGUCUGAAUGCUACAGAGAAAAACAAAUCACUAGAGUCACAAAGUGGGCAUCAGAAUAAACAAGAGGGACCCAUUCGCAGGCCAAUGUGGUUCCUAGGCAGUGAGGACGAUGCUUUACAGGUGAAUAACAGUCUGUUGAACAAAAAAUGGGGGGUACAUGAAGGUGUUAAAAUGAUGGUCACAUCUUCGUUUCUAUCUGGGCAACAACAUUCCCAGAAAUCUGCAAUACCACCAGUUUCCACAGCUAAGCCACCAACUGUAACACAAUCUGGUCCAAAUGGUAGUGUUGUGAUCAAACCCACAUCCGGAUUAGCAAGUGCCAUAGCUGUAGCUACUGGAGUACCUAAUAUUGGUGUAGCUAAAACUAUACCUAUGAAUUCCCACAGAUCUGAAGAAUUGCCGAAAGAAAAAGUCUCUGUGACAACACAGGAGCAGUUAACACUUGUUUCGCCUUUGCCGAAACAAUUUGGCCGCCAAAAGCACGUUGAACAAUCAACACCCUUGACAUCUCCUGUUUCGAUAUGCCAAGUAACCACUAGUGGUAGUCAACAAGUCAGUAGUGAUCACUCUAGUUCGCCUGUAUUUAGCUCAAUGUCAUCGCAGCUUACUAGCACGGAAAAUGGGGAUCUUGUUACACCACGAUGGCAGGUACCCUCGACGCAACAUCAAAUCAUAACGCCUACUGUGGAAAGAUUACUUCCUAUUGGAACUGUUGCGCGGCAACGUCCAACCCACCGAGUACUUAUGUGCGAAGAUACCUAUGGGUCACCAGAGUCUCCAUUGUCCAAAAUGGAUAUCUUAACAGUAGGAUCUUCAAUUGACCAAGAUAGUGAGACGUGCGUUUCAAGUGAUGUGACAACACCACGCAGUAUUUCUCAGUUGGACUUCCCUUUGCCAGAGCGCCUACUACCUGUUGGACCACAACGGGACUCGAUUUCUGGCCUAAUAGAACGUGUUUGGCAAGCUCUUGGUGUACCAGCAGCUGAUGGUACGCUUCAACAAGACGGCGAGAGAAACUUGGUUGAGAAGAAGAGUCCUUGUUUCACUCAGCAUUCUAAACGAGAAAACUUCGCAUCUGAUAAUAGGACAGCAUCAGCCUCAGUGUUGACUCCAACCGUGAAUGAUACUCAUUCAAGAUCACCAAGUCCAAGAAAACUAAUGAAGCAAGUAGCUUUGGAAUCACCACCACCUGUUAUAGAGGAAUCUUUCUUUCGUUCUUCGGAAUAUGACCGCAAAACAAAAAUGGAAGAUUUAUUACGUAGUCAACGCGAAAAAAUGCGCAAAACACCUUUCAACAUGACUCAACAUUCAAUUGGAAAUAUCCGUCGACCAGAAUCUUGGCCUGGACCUCAGACACAAGCUAAUCUGGAUCCAUUGACCCAGCAAGCAUAUCAUGCUGAUUUCAAUUUGAAACAAAGUUUAUUUCGAAUAGGGGACGAUUGUGUAUAUGAUAGGUGUUCUGAAUGCGGAACUAUAAAAGAAGAAUACAGUGACGAAGAAUUGGGUCUUUGUAUUAUCACCUUGGGAACUUUCAUUCACAGAGAGCCAUCGUUAGCAGCUCCACUUCUUCCAGAAAUUCUGAGUGUGGUUGCUAAAGUGGCUUUAAAUGCCAUGUAUCCAUGGCAAAAUGAGACUAACAUGCAUUUACCUGGGGGAGCAGUAAGUGUAGCUCAUCAGUUUCUUCGAUGUGUUUUACACCAGUUAGCUCCAAAUGGCGUUUUUGUACAAAUGUUUCAAACACAUACUAAUGAGGCAACCAGAAUGCAGUUUUUCAAAAGUGUAGCACAAGCCCUGAUAGAUUUCAAUGAAUUAAAUCCAAUUGCUCCGCUACAGCUCUUGUUAGAGACUUUGAACACAAAGAAAACACUGCCACUAGAACGUCUACCUACAAUAUUGCGAAACGUUGCAUGCUAUCUUGAUUGUCUGCCUCUCGAAGCAGGCUUAGGACCUGGCGCAGCUACUUGGGGUGGUCUCUUAUCUCAAAUUGAUGGGCUAUUUCGAAGGCUUGUGUUGCUACUCAAUUCAAUUGAGGAUAUAAUUCCCUUGUUGAGAAUCAUGAUUUCAGUACUUAAAGUUCCCGGAAUUCCACAGUUCAAGAGUAUGCUGGACCCGUUUUCAAAAGUGCUCAGUUAUGCUAUACAGAAUUCAAUACUUAGGUACAACUAUUUGACAGAUCUCUGCUAUUUAUGUCAUCGUGGAUUCACGCGAGAUCGAGACAAACAUUUUUUGAGUAGAACUAUUGUUUUUGAGUUAGUCCAAGCAAUCAAAUUCAAGACAACGCUUCCUGACUCGAACUUUUUAUUGUUGAUUCAUUUUAUACUCCAGGAUGUAGGAGGUAUGCUACCCAUGAAUGUUGCAGUGGAAGAUGUUCAAACUGAUGUAUCACCAAUAUAUAACACAAAUGCAUCAGAAUCCUUGCGUAGCCAGCUCUCUGAUGUUUUGGAUUUUUUAGCAGACUUUCACACACUCAGUAAAGUGAAGAGUUAUGGUAAAGGUCUGCAAGCAGGAUUAAAUGAAGAUACCUUGGGUGGUAUGCUAAAGUGCGGGUUAGCACAGUACUUGGCUUUAGAAAUUACUAGGGGCAAUAGUCGAGACAACAGAGCGGUAGCAAGAUAUUUACCUUGGCUUUACAGUGCGCCAUCAACUCUCCAACAAGGGUCUCGUGAAUUUGUCGACUGUAUUGGCCACAUACGGCUUUUAUCCUGGCUUUUAUUGGGAUCACUGACACACGUUGCACUUCAUGGUAACAGUAAUACAUGGUCUGGAAAUCCCCAUAUACAUGGACCACCAACUCCGUUAGCACAACCUAUACCCCAGGAGGUUUCAUGUCACAUUGCAGAUCAUGUCCAAGUUAUAUUAUCUGGCUUUCCAGAACAAUCAAAGACUUCAGUGUUACACAUGUCAUCUCUUUUUCAUACUUUCAUUCUCUGUCAGCUUUGGACUGUUUACCUGGAGGAAGUAUCUAAACACAAUUCGACCAGUAGUGAAACCCACAAUGUGACAAUGAGUAUUUUAUUAGACUUUUGGGGCAAGGUGACACCCUGUGUUCUCCAGCUUGUGGCACACUCUAAAGUGCUUGCUGAAAUGGUGAACUUACACUUUUUAAGUCUACUAGAGGCACUGUUGGAAUGUCAAUCUACCCUAUUGAGCAAACUGUUGCCUCUCUGGAGUCCUAUUUUAUUUGCUCACCAUAUUCAGUUACCAGGUCAACUACAAAUGCGUCUACAGAACUGUCGCAAUUUUCCACCAUUUAAUACACCUGAGAAUGUAGGUAAACUGGGUGGUACUGCAAUGGAGCAACGUGAUUCCAAUAUGGUUUUAUUACGAUGGCUCAACCGUUUGCAAUUCAAAAUGGGCCAAAUUGAGCUACAAUCCUCUACUGCAACCCAAUUUUACUCCAUUUGAUUGAGUUGUUGUAGAAAUAUAAUAAUCUUUGUAUCGCAUCAUAGUCAUGUUAUUUCAUGAGCUCCAACAAGUUUGAAAUAUAGUUCUUCCUAGGAAAGAAAUUACAUCGAAGUACAGGUUUUACAACUCACCAAGUAAUUGAUGACUAUUAUCAAUCUGACCCUCCUUCAGGACCUCGGCAUCAUGAUAAAAAACAUGUUCCAAGUAGUGUAGACAAAUAAAUUGUUCAUCAGCUUCUGUUUUAUCACUUUGGUGGAUAAUUCAGAUCAAUGAAAAAUUCGGAAUAAAAAAUUACUUGAAAAUA